AUGGCAACUCCGGGCUUGGCUGACGACAGGCCUUCUUUUACGGAUUUUCUGAAAAAGACGAAGGAGAAGGGGAGCACAUGUGAAGGGUCCGAGUGUGCUACGCCGCAGCGGAGGGGGAGGAAGAGUAAGAGUAAGAGUAGAGCGAGUGAGGGUGAGGGAGUGAGCAGUCAGUCCCCUGAAAACAGCAGCGAGACAUCACAGAAACCUCGCAAGUCUCUCACAGCCACCGAAAAGGCAAAACUCCGUCGCACCCAGGUCCGGCGAGCUCAGAUCCAGCACCGCCAACGCAAAGCAGAAUACCAGCAGCAGCUCGAGCUCGACAUUGCGCAUUUCCGCGAGCUCAUCGCCCUCACCGAAUUUGAGUCGGAUCAGUUCAGGAAGGACAACACCUCCAUCAGGGCGCUACUCGCUAGCAAGGGCAUUACUGUCUCAGCAUGCAAGGCGGGGAGCUGCUCUGCAAGUCCUCGGAUUGCCAGGGAGGUUGUUGCGGGUGGGAAUGAUGCUUGGGUGGACGAUGUGAUGGUGAUGGAGGGUCCUGGGUCAUUUCAGGAUAACGAGAAUGAUGGAGAGUUGUUCGCGGAUGUCAACGUCGAUGAUAUCAUUGUUACUCUGAAGAAGGACGAGUCCAUGGUCACGCCCGCUUUCAGUAUCAGAUCCAACGAGUCGAGCAGCAAUUCCACGAGUCCUCCACCGUCGCUACCAGAUCUUAACCUCUCUCCUGAUGAAGAGCAGAAAGCCGUCAACUUCAUCCUCUCCCUCGAGCACAUUUGCUGGGAUCACUUCUUUAUCGGCGACUACCCUUCCCACGCCCACCUCUCCAACGACGAACCCAAAGGCCACUGUCUCAUGGCAUCAUCACUCUGCAUGGCCAACGCGCCCUUCGACGUGUUCGGCGAUCGCAAGCUCGUCUCAUCAGCAUCAUCCUGCCACAACCGCCGCGCUCUCGGCCUAGACCCUUACGUACCACCCGUGCAUCUAGAAUGGCCAGCACCGCGGAUAUCACUCUCAUCCCUCUACGGUCUCGCGCAAAGCCUUAACCCAGGUGACUUGGAAAUCACACCUGUUCAGGCUUGGUUCGAGCUAUCCACACGCUACGACAAGAGUCUACUACUCGAAAGACUAGACUUAUUGGGCACAGAACUAACGGGUGUGUCCAAGUGUCUGGAGUUCGGAGCAGUCAUGGAGAGGGAUGCUUUUGAAAGUGUCGCGGCGAGGGUCUACGCGGGUACCCUUGAAGAGGCUAUGGCUACGGUGGUGCUUGGCCAGUCGGCGAGCAAGGGUUUGUUGGAUAUGCCCAGACUUGAUGUGUAG